GAAUAUUUUUUGGAGUUCUAAAAGACUUUGGUCUCUUCUUCUACUUGUCCUUUUGGGUGAUCGAAGUCAAAAACAAAACGAUCAUAAAUACAGAGGAGGAUUUGAAGCACGAAGACUCUAGCGGAACCACUGCAUGAUGGGAAUCACCGGAAGUCUAACUCCAGACCAGCUCGAGCUUUUCCACUCUCAAGAGUAUGUCGUGAUCGAAUCUUUCGCGAGCGAGGAUGAGAUUAGUGGCUUGAGGAAGAGGAUGGACGAGUUGCUGACUCAAUUUGAUCCUUCCGACUCCUCCUCUGUUUUCUCCACUACAAAUCAGCAGCACACGAAGGACGAUUACUUCUUUGACAGCGCUGCAAAAAUCUCCUUCUUCUUUGAAGAAAAAGCUUUUGGCAACAAUGGGGAACUGAAGCAACCAAAAGAGCUUUCUAUAAACAAAGUUGGCCAUGCACUGCACGAGCUUGAACCAUUGUAUAAGGAAUUCACAUAUUCCUCCAAGGUCUCAAGUUUGGUAUCAUCCUUUGGUUACAGGAGACCAGUCGUCAUGCAGUCUAUGUACAUUUUCAAGCAACCUGGAAUAGGAGGCGAAGUUGUGCCGCACCAAGAUAAUUCUUAUGUGUACACGGAUCCACCUAGUUGCACUGGUCUCUGGAUGGCUUUAGAAGAUUCCACAACUCUAAACGGUUGUCUUUGGGCAAUACCUGGAUCUCACAAGAACGGUCUGGUUAGAAGGUUUGUCCGGGGUGAAAACGGUGUAACUUAUGAUCAGCCAUCCCCGUCUUACGAGCUGAAAGAUUUUGUGCCGAUUGAAAUGAAAGCAGGCUCAAUGAUUGCCAUUCAUGGUGAUCUAAUCCAUCAAAGUUUCGAGAAUCUAUCCCCCAAGUCAAGACAUGCCUAUAGCUUACAUGUAGUUGAAUCUGAUGGAUGCAAAUGGGCGCAAGACAACUGGAUUCGAAGAGAAAACAUGCCUGAGCCUCUCUAUGCCCCUUAAAUACAACUUUGAAUUCGCAGUAAUUAGACACUGAAGAAAGUCCCAGGAAGUAGCUAGGAAAUAUUAAUAAACGAGCAUUGGAUACAGCUUUGUAUCUUUUUUAUUUGUCAAGACUUUUUGAAAUGUUAAUGUGAUUUGAGGAAUGGGACAAAACUAUAUAUCUGUCCUGUUGUAAUUGUACUAGGAAAAAUAAAUCGUGGGACUGAUGUUUUAGGUGCAGAAACAAUAGAGUCAAUUAAAGUGUUAUGGUCGAAGUUAUAAAUGCUU